UACAUGUGUGUAUCUACAGUUUGACUCACGUAAUCAGAAAGUAAACACAAAGGGGGCGUAACAAUGUUCCUAUCUGACCUAUUUGAUAGUGAAACCAGUGUCUAAAUUAUUUUGAAUAUUGGGAGUAUUUAAGAUACAGACGUAGAAAAAAUAUUAGAUUUGACGUAACAGCAUAAAGUUUUAAGAAUGGGAAGCUGUGGCGAAUGCUUAGCAAAGUUUGGGCUUAUUACAUUCAACAUCAUAUUUCUGCUCUCAGGAAUUGCAGUGUUGGGUGUAGGAAUAUGGGUCAGGGUCGACAAAAAUGUGGUUAACAUGCAGAACUUGGUCGAGUUCGACUCCGAUGACAAAUCCCUCUCGACAGCUGCUUAUGUUCUAAUUGGGUUCGGCAGUUUUGUUCUGGUUGUCAGUGCCUUCGGUUUCCUGGCUGCAUGCUGUGCCAGCAAGACCAAGUUCUUUAUCGUUGGUUACAUCGUGUUUCUUGUUAUAAUAUUUAUUGGAGAGUUCGCUGGAGGCAUUUCGGCAGCAGUAUUUAAAGGAAAGAUUGAUCAUAAUUUACCGUCUGUGCUAACCAAAUCGUUCCAGAAAUACAAGCCUGGUAAUGGUCUUCUACCAAAGGCGUGGGACUACAUGCAAACAUGGCUGAGUUGCUGUGGCUCACAAGGACCAAAGGAUUAUAAAAGUAUCAACUUUACCUCGAUUCCGUAUAAACAUUAUGUUCCUGACACGUGCUGUUUUCUGAGCAAUAAUGAUCCGGAGAAUCCGAAAGCAGUUGACGAAAAAAAAUGUCAAGAUGACGCAGUGAAAAUUCAAACGAACAACAACAACACAACGUCUUCAUAUGUACACACAUUGGGAUGCUACGACAGUUUAAAUGAAAAGAUUAAAUCUCACGUCGCAGUUAUAAUCGGCGUGGCUGUUGGAAUUGCCAUGUUUCAGCUGCUGGGAAUAGUUAUGUCGAUUUGCAUCUGUAAACGUGACCGGGACGAUGGGAACAACGUGUACUAAUGUGAAGUAAAAAGCGUAUAUAACAUACAUACUGUUUUGUGUGUUGACAUAACAUACAUUCUGUUUUGUGUGUUUGGAAACUUAACAUUCAAAGAUUCUUCUUUUGGGGCGUAUGGGGUUUUGGGGGUUUAUUUUUAAUGGAAAUGGGAAAAGAAAUAUUGUAAAUAUAUAUUAUUUUUGGAUGGGUUUGGCGACGAGGAACACUUUUUUUUGUGGCGAUACACAGUUAUUUGUUUAUCGCAUUUUGUACAUGUAAUUUUAAUUUCAAAGUUUGACGUUGAAGGCAAUGUUUGAUUUCAUUAUAAGAAUACAGAAGAAAAAUAUUUACUUA